UGCUGCCAACCGCCCCACCGCUUUCAACCUCCUCUUCCCUUUAUCAACCACCACCCAGCAUAGCCCAUGGUAUAACAACCUUCUCCAGUACUACACUAGCCCAACAACCCUCUUCUCUCUAACCACUCCAGCGAACCUAACACCUCCACACCCCCACCAGGCCACCACACAAACUAGCUAGCAUCACCACGCCAGCCUAGUGCCCUUCACUAAGAGUGGCCACCACAACCCAGCAUCCACCAACUCUAAUUGAACCAUUAGUCACCAGAUCUGACCUGUGCUUCACACCACACCACCCAAACCAGCAUCCUUUUAUCUCCCUUGCUAGAAAAACAACCUUGCUUGAAACCAACCACCUUACUUCCUUACAACCCUAACCAAUAGCCCCAACAAAUGCCGCCAAUAACCACCGUAACCCAUCGUCCAACUCUUCCCGAAACCAUAGCCACAAACCACUUGCUCUGUCCUCUCUUUUUUCCACCAAAAACAACAUAGAACCAGAGUUAUAAUGAGCAAGUCAAUUAGGGUUUCAUCAUACAUGGCAACACGUCACUACCAAAAGAGAAUAUUUUAACAAAAAAUCGAGUCGACAAGUUGUGUUUGUUGUCUAGGCAAGUCAAAUUUGAUCGAUUUGUGGUUGAUUUCUUCUCUACCAAAUCGAUCCAUAAAAAGAAAGAGUUGCAUGUUGAAUUCCAUGAAUGAUCUCUUUCUUCUAUCAUUGGGCAUAUGCUCCAACAAGCUCUGGUGUUGGCAAGAUUCUCAGCCGUCAGGCAAGAUGCUUGGCCGAGGAGAAAGGGAUUCCUGAUGAGUUACUACAGAAGUUGAUGCUGAUGAUUGAGAUUAUGAUAACGUUUAAAGAUUCUAAGGAACAAUUGACCUUAUGGAAAAAUAAGGUUGUCUGCAUAGAUACACGCACUUGCAAGAUUAUAAUCAAGUUGCUGGCCCGGCCCUAACUGGCAUCAAUUUCAAGCAUUUCUUCCUGUCUAACACUCAUGGAGAGCUGGCUCAGAAACGUCUCCUGAAGAAUCAACCAUCUGCCGUUUGUUUCUCCGUCCGGUCAGACAGAAACGGUGUCAUAUAUCAUCAUCAAUGGCGGAAGACGAAGUGCUUUACGAGACGCGUCUUCACAUCUCCAGACCUUAUACUUCCAAUUACCCUCCUCUCCUACACUCCAACAAGGUCAAUCAAGGCGGUUUCUUGUCCAUAAUCAAAGAGAAAUUGAGUGAUUAUAGGAAUUAUAAUUCAAAAUCAUCAACAGAAAUUAGGAAAAAUCUAUCGCUGUUUAUAUCUACACGAGGUGAUUACGUUGCUGUAGCUAGUGCUAAUCAAAUUACGAUUUUGUCCAAAGAGAAUGAUUAUCAGCAACCGCACGGAAGCUUCACUUGUAGAGGUGGUGGUGUGUUCACGAGCGGAGUGUGGUCUGAAUUUCAUGGUGUCUUAGGAGUAGUAGAUGAUAGUGAUACGGUUUAUUUGAUCAAAGUGAAUGGGGAAGAGAUUAUGAGAAUUAGUAAGCGGCAGUUGAGAGCAAGUUCGUCGAUAGUAGGAUUGAUUCCACAGGAUGCUGAUGAUAAUGAUGCGCAGCGGUCUUGUUUGUGUAGAUUUGUUGUUAUUACAGCAGAUGGAUGUCUUCAUUUGAUUGAGAUGAGUAAGGAGCCAAGUGCUUCUGUUUUAAAUAGUGGGUUGAAGUCGCUGGGGAAGUUUCCAAAGGAUGUUUUCUGCUCUGACUAUAGUUCGGAAUGUUCCUUGCUUGUUGUUGUUGGUAGUGCAGUUGGUAUCUCGCAAUCGUCUGUUGAAAAUGCUGCUGGAUCUUGUCUUCUUUCUCUUUGGUGUAGAAGUCGAAACUUAGAUUUGGAACCAUUGAUUUCUAUUCAGUUCGAAGGCUUGUAUUCCAAAUCAAAAGAUGCCAUACUAUCAUGUCCAAAGGUGCUAAUUUCACCACAAGGUAAGUUUGUUGCCACUUUAGAUAUAACAGGACGCUUGCACAUUUUCAAGAUGGAUAAAGAAAGUCGAUCACUUGUGAGUUUUGCUUGUGAAGAGCAAUUACGUUCACAAGGAACCAGUAACAUAACAAAUGGACAGAAUGAGCUUUUAAAUGAUAUUGUGGAUUUUACUUGGUGGUCUGACCGCAUCAUGACUCUUGCAAAACGUGGAGGCAUUUUGGCCAUGCUUGAUAUUGUUACUGGCUUAAAGUUUCAAGAGCACAACCAUCUAUAUUCAAUGCUUGUUCUGGAUAGGAUACAGCAGUUUCAAGGCCGCAUAUUUGUUUUAGAUAGCAAAGUUCCAAGUAAACCUCAUAGAGAGUCAGGUAAUGUGUACAAUGUAGAGCAGGUCACAGGUAGCAGAAGUGAUCAACUUGAUGUUUCCCAGUUGCACUGGAGCUUGAUCUCACUGUCAAAGAGAUCUGUUCCUGAAAUGUAUAAUAUCUUAAUUAGUAACUGUAAAUAUCAAGCUGCCUUGGACUUUGCCAAUCGUCAUGGCUUGGACAGAGAUGAAGUUUUAAAAUCUCAGUGGCUGCACUCUAGCCAAGGAAAAGAUGGUAUUAACAUGUUUUUGUCCAAUAUCAAGGAUCACAGUUUUGUGCUUUCUGAAUGUGUUGAUAAGGUUGGACCAACAGAAGAUGCGGUAAAAGCUCUACUGUCAUAUGGGCUGCAAGUGACUGAUCAGUUCCGUUUUUCGGAAUCAGAAGCUGAUGAAGGGAGCCAGAUCUGGGAUUUUCGUAUGGCUAGACUUCAGCUGUUACAAUUCAGGGACAGGCUAGAGACCUAUAUGGGGAUAAACAUGGGCAGGUUUUCUGUACAGGAAUAUCGCAAAUUUCGUAUUAUACCUGUUGGUGAAGCUGCCAUAACACUUGCUGAAAGUGGGAAAAUUGGGGCCCUAAACCUCCUCUUCAAGCGUCAUCCUUAUUCACUAUCUCCUUCAUUGUUGAAAAUAUUAGCUGCUAUUCCUGAAACUGUUCCUCUUCAAACCUAUGGGCAGCUUCUUCCUGGGAGAUCUCCUCCCCCAAGAAUUGCUCUUAGGGAAGAAGAUUGGGUAGAAUGUGAGGAAAUGGUUAACUUUAUCAAUAGGCUACCAGAGAAUCAUGAGAUUGGUACCCAGAUCCAAACUGAGCCCAUUGUCAAGCGGCGCCUUGGUUAUCUUUGGCCGUCAUCUAGUGAACUCUCUGAGUGGUACAAGAACAGAGCUAGAGAUAUUGAUAGCUUUAGUGGCCAGCUUGACAACUGCAUCGACUUGAUUGAUUUGGCUUGCCGCAAAGGCAUCUAUGAGUUACAGAAGUUUCAUGAGGAUAUUUUAUUGUUGCACCAGCUAAUUUAUUCUGAUGAAAAUGAUGUUGACGCAUGUUCUAAUAUGAGUCUUAUCUCCUGGGAACAGUUAUCUGAUUACGAAAAAUUCAGAAUGAUGCUUAAGGGAGUGAAAGAGGAAAAUGUGGUAAAGAGGUUGCAUGAUAAGGCUAUUCCAUUUAUGAGAAAUAGGUUUCACAACAUGACCUAUUUUACUCAAGAUCAGGAUACAGAUUGCCAUUUUCCUUCGCAUGAAAAUGAUUCAUUUGUGGUAAAAUGGCUAAAGGAAAUUGCAUUGGAGAAUAAACUAGACACAUGCUUGAUGGUUAUUGAGGAAGGAUGCAGGGAAUUGCAUAUGAAUGGUUUCUUCAAGGAUGAGAUUGAGGCUGUAGAUUGUGCUUUGCAGUGCAUUUAUUUGUGCACUGUUACAGAUAGAUGGAGUGUAAUGGCUGCCUUAUUGUCAAAACUCCCACAGAAGCAAGAUGUCGGUAUUUCUAUUGAGCACCUCGAGAAACGACUGAAGCUUGCUGAAGGUCAUAUUGAAGCAGGGAGGCUUCUGGCACUGUACCAGGUUCCAAAGCCAAUGAAUUUCUUCCUUGAGGCCCAUGCAGAUGAAAAAGGUGUUAAACAGAUUCUUCGUCUUAUACUGUCAAAAUUUGUUCGCAGACAGCCAGGUCGAUCAGAUAAUGAUUGGGCAAACAUGUGGCAUGAUUUGCAAUGCUUGCGAGAGAAGGCUUUUCCUUUCCUUGACCCAGAGUAUAUGCUAGUGGAAUUCUGCAGAGGACUGCUGAAAGCUGGGAAAUUUUCACUUGCUAGAAAUUAUCUGAAAGGUACAAGUUCAGUAGCCUUGGCAUCAGAGAAAGCAGAAAAUCUUGUUAUUCAAGCUGCACGGGAGUACUUUUUCUCAGCUUCAAGUUUGUCUUGCUCUGAAAUCUGGAAGGCUAAGGAAUGCCUUAAUUUAUUUCCAAGUAGCAGAAAUGUUCAGACAGAGGCUGAUUUAAUUGAUGCUCUCACUGUUAAACUUCCUUACCUUGGAGUGACUCUACUUCCUUUGCAAUUUAGGCAAAUAAAGGAUCCUAUAGAGAUCAUCAAAAUGGCAAUCACUAGCCAAGCUGGAGCUUAUCUACAUGUUGAUGAACUCAUUGAGGUUGCCAAACUUCUUGGGUUGAACUCUUCAGAAGAUAUAUCUACUGUUCAGGAAGCUAUUGCUAGAGAAGCUGCAGUGGCAGGUGAUCUACAAUUGGCAUUUGAUCUCUGUCUUGUUCUGGCCAAAAAAGGGCAUGGUCAUGUUUGGGAUCUAUGUGCUGCGAUAGCCAGGGGUCCUGCCCUUGAAAAUAUUGAUAUAGGCUCUCGAAAGCAUUUACUAGGUUUUGCUUUGAGUCAUUGUGAUGAGGAAUCUAUUGGUGAGUUGCUUCAUGCGUGGAAAGAUCUUGACAUGCAAGGCCAGUGUGAGACACUGUCAAUCUUGACUGGGACAAGUCCUUCAAGCUUCUCAGAUCAAGGUUCGUCUAUAACAUCACCCCCAGCCUAUGAAGAAACAAUUGAUCUUAAGGAUUACUCUGAACUGGACGGAGGAGCAAGCAGUGGAGAUCGAGAAGUUUGUUUCAGUAACAUUAAAAACACACUUUCUUUUGUUACUAAAAACUGUCGUGUGGAUAGUGGAACUGAUCUGGAAUCUUUUUUGUGGGAAAAUGGAAAACUUGUAUCUUUUGCCUCUAUUCAACUUCCAUGGUUGCUUGAAUUGAGUAAGAAAGCAGAUAAUGGUAAGAAAUUUUCUACCUUUAUUCCUGGUAAGCAUUACGUUAGCAUAAAAACACAAGCUGUGGUAACUAUCCUGUCGUGGCUGGCAAAAAAUGAUUAUGCUCCCAGAGAUGAUGUUAUCGCCUCACUGGCAAAAUCAAUCAUAGAACCACCUGUUACAGAAGAGGAGGAUAUCAUGGGGUGCUCUAUCUUAUUGAAUCUCGCGGAUGCCUUUAGUGGAGUAGAAAUAAUAGAAGAGCAGCUAAGGAUACGGGAGAAUUACCAAGAAAUUUGUAGCAUCAUGAAUGUGGGAAUGACAUACAGUUUAUUACAUAACUCUGGAGUUGAGUGCAAGGGUCCGGCUCAGAGGAGAGAGCUGCUGCUGAGGAAGUUUAAAGAGAAGCACAAACCACCUAGUUCAGAUGAAAUGACCAAAAUUGAUGUACAGUCCACGUUUUGGAGGGAAUGGAAGUUUAAAUUGGAAGAAAAAAAACAUGUAGCUGAACAAUCUAGAGUGUUGGAGAAAAUCAUUCCUGGAGUUGAAACUGGGCGUUUUCUGUCUGGUGACCUUGACUACAUUAAGAGUGCUAUUUUCUCCUUGAUUGAAUCAGUAAAGUUCGAAAAGAAGCACAUUAUAAAGGAUGUGUUAAGAUUGGUCGAUGCCUAUGGCUUAAAUCACACUGAGGUGCUACUAAGGUAUCUUAGUUCUAUCCUUGUUUCUGAGGUUUGGACUGAUGAUGAUGAUGUUAAGGCUGAAAUUUCAGAGGUCAAAGGAGAAAUAAUUAGCUUUGGUUCUGAAACCAUCAAAACUAUUUCCUUGGUUGUAUACCCUACAAUUGAUGGGUGCAACAAGCAACGCCUUGCUUGUAUAUAUGGCCUCCUCUCUGACUGCUACUUGUGGCUGGGAGAAUCCAAAAAAUCAUCGUCAACAGCACAUCCAAAUUCACCAAAUUUGUCUGCUCUUGAUGUAGCUCGUUUGUACAAGGUCUUUGAGCAAGAAUGUCAUAGAGUUUCUUUUAUCAAGAACUUAGACUUCAAGAAUGUUGCUGGAUUAGAUGGUUUGAAUUUGCAGUCUUUCAAAAAUGAAGUCUUUUCACAUGUUAAUGAAUCUAGCUUGGAAGCCUUGGCAAAAAUGGUACAAACAUUGGCCAGUAUCUAUGCUGAUUCACUGCCUGAAGGUCUCAUAGUGUGGCAAGAUGUCUACAAACAUUACACAAUGAGUUUAUUGACUACUUUGGAAAGUAGAGUUAGAAAAGAGUGUGAUGUUCAAAAUGCUGAAAGAUUUCAGGAAUUUAUGAGUCAACUGGAGCAAACCUAUGAUUUUUGCAGAACAUAUAUGAGGCUUUUGUCACAUUCAGAUUCUUUAGAUAUUAUGAAGCGAUACUUCACAGUGAUUAUACCCCUGCACAGUUCUCAUGAGAUUAUACCUGAUAACUCAACAUGGCAGGAUUGCGUCAUUGUUCUUUUGAACUUCUGGCUUAAAUUGACAGAAGAAAUGCAGGAGAUAGCAUUAGAUGAGAGUUCAGUAGGAACACUGAGGUUUGAUCCAGAGUUCUUAUCAAGUUGCCUGAAGGUUUUUAUGAGGAUGGUGAUGGAGGACAGUGUUUCACCAAGUCAGGCCAGGGGCACCGUAAUUGGUUAUGCAAGUUCUGGUUUAAUUGGAGAUUUUUCUGUUGAGAUACCAAUUUUCUGCAGAGCUAUGUUAUAUUCUGGUUGCGGGUUUGGAGCCAUUUCAGAAGUAUUCUUGGAAUCAAUGUCAAUCUGCGCCAUCAGCUCAGCUUCAACUGCUAAGAAUGAAUCCCUGGAUCUUCCUCAUCUCUAUGUAAAUAUGUUGGAGCUGAUUCUAAGAAACUUGGUUGGUGGAUCCCAUGAACACCAGAAUCUGUAUCAUUUGUUAUCAUCUCUGAGUAAGUUGGAAGGUCAAAUGGAGAAUUUGCAAAGAGUCAGGCAUGUAGUUUGGGAAAGAAUGGCCCAAUUCUCUGAUAAUUUGGAGCUCCCAAGCCAUGUUCGAGUAUAUGUUCUAGAGAUUAUGCAGUUCAUCACAGGUAGAAGCAUUAAGGGUUUCUCCACAGAGCUAAAUUCUAAUCUUUUACCAUGGGAAGGAUGGGAUGGGUUGCUCUCUACUGGUAAAAAGAGCAACCCUUCUGCAAAUCAGGGGUCACCUGAUCAUACAGAUAAUUCUAGCAGGUUUACAAGUACACUGGUUGCCCUCAGAUCAUCUCAGCUCGCAUCAGCCAUAUCCCCAAGCAUAGCAAUUACCCCUGAUGAUCUCUUGAAUGCUGAGACUGCAGUCUCUUGCUUCUUGAAAUUGUGUGAAUCUUCCAGUACAGAGCCUCAUUUCGAUGCUUUGAUAGGCAUUUUAGAAGAGUGGGAAGGGUUUUUUGUAACUGCAAAAGAUGAGGUAGAUACCACAGAAGCAACAGAAACAGGAAAUGACUGGAAUAAUGAUGACUGGGAUGAAGGAUGGGAGAGCUUUCAGGAAGUAGAAGCUCUGGAGAAAGAGAAGCCAGAGAAUUCCAAUCACGUUCAUCCUUUACAUGUCUGUUGGAUGGAAAUUUUCAAAAAGCUUAUCACGUUGUCCAAGUUUAAGGAUGUGCUAAGACUGAUUGACUGUUCCCUAUCAAAAUCUUAUGGAAUAUUGCUUGAUGAAGAUGAUGCGAGGAGCUUGAGUCACACUGUGCUUGAGAAAGAUUCUUUUAUGGCUCUAAAAAUGGGGCUUCUUCUGCCUUAUGAAGCAAUACAGUUGCAGUGUUUGAAUGUAGUUGAAGACAAGCUGAAACAAGGAGGGAUCUCAGGCGUGCUUGGCAGGGACCAUGAGGUCUUAAUGCUCGUGUUAUCUUCUGGGGUUAUAUCAAAUAUAAUCACCAAACCCUCAUAUGGCACCACUUUCUCAUAUCUCUGCUAUGUGGUUGGGAAUUUCUCGCGCCAGAGUCAGGAAGCCCAGUUAUCAACAAUCACAAACAAGGGAGCAAAUGAACGUGUAAACAUAGAGAAAGAUGUGUUGUUACUUUUCAUAAGAAUCAUGUUCCCCUGCUUCAUAUCAGAGCUUGUGAAGACAGAUCAGCAGAUCCUAGCUGGAUUUCUCAUUACAAAAUUUAUGCACACAAAUCCUUCUUUCAGUCUCAUAAACACCACAGAGUCUAGUCUUAGUAGGUACUUGGAGAGGCAGCUCCAUGCACUACAGCAAGGCGACUACUUUUCCCUCGAGGAGAUAAGUUCCUGUGAAAUGUUCAGGAAUACAGUCUCCAGACUGACGAACAAGUUGGGAGAUGAGAUUCGAUCGGCAUUGCCAUUGCUUUCUAGUAAUGCUAGAUGAACUAUCUUAUAAACCUUCUUUUUUUUGCCCCUGAAGGAGGGGGGUCGGGGUGGAGAGGGUCUUAUUUUAAGAAACCCAUCUAGAUCACUCACAGAUGUAUGUAUUGUUGCUUCCCAGUUCCAAACGCCGGACAUCAAAUAGGAAAGAGGACUGGCAGGUCUUGAAAAGAAGCAAGGGUUAGCUAGGUUCUCCAGUCCACUGGCUCCCCGUUUCAGGCUCCAGACCUUUCUCAGUAAGAUUUUUUUUUUAGCAAAUUUGCCUUGAUUCACUUAAGAACAUUUUUUACUUUGUGUUUCAAACUUGUAGGAUAUCACUCCCUUUUCUUGUUCGUUCCUAUGCAGGUUAUAUGGUUUUCUUCUUGGUUUUUAAGUAGGUAUGUAUGUAUUUAUCAGAAUUUUGGUUCGACUGCUUUCUGUAUACACAGUGUGCCUAAACCAUCAACGAGUUGCUAUAUCGUCCUUGCAUC